AUGGCAAGUCCCGUGGGUGUUUGUUUGCGUGAUUUUUCGGAGAAGUGUGCAUGCGUGUGCAAAGCCCGUCCAGCUCAGUUGGUAGAGCGCAAGGCUCUUAAUCUUGUGGUCAUGGGUGGGUUCGAGCCCCACGGUGGGCGACUACCAAUGAUGUUAUCGAAACGGCUGCAGUCCCGUUCUUUUUCAGAGCCGCACUUUUUCCGUCUCUUUGUCGCAGUGGUUUAUCAGCUGGAUUGGCUCCAGAACAAGGCGCACCAUUCUCGACCACUCGAAUCGGGCAGGCUUCGAGUGGGGCGUUACCGCAUGUUCGCCCAGUCCAUACUAUCUCUUCUCAGAUAG